AUGGUUGUUCGAACGAGUGAUGUGGACAAAAAUUUCUUCACUCCACGAGACUAUCAGGUGGAAUUGUUGGAUAAAGCAUGUAAAAGAAAUAUUAUUGUGCCUCUCGGGACAGGUUCAGGCAAAACUUUUAUUGCCGUUUUGCUAAUCAAGGAGUAUACUACCAAACUUAUAACGCCAUGGAAAAAUGGUGGCAAACGGGCUUUCUUCUUAGUUGAUAAAGUUUCGUUAGUUGAACAGCAAGCAGCACAUAUCGAACAUCAUACAACACUAAAUGUUGGAAAAAUGCAUGGACAUUUAAAUCAAGAUAUUUGGUCAGAACCUGCCAAAUUCGAUACGUUCAUUGCGUUACAUGAAGUUACAGUACUGACUGCUCAGAUUUUCUUGGAUUUACUUGAUCAUGGGUUCUUCAACAUGUCAAAUGCCGCUGUUAUAAUUUUCGAUGAAUGCCAUCAUGUAUUAGGUAGUAAACACCCGUAUCGAUUAAUUAUGCAUCGGUAUGGACAACUUACUGAAGUGGACAGACCUCGAAUUCUUGGUCUCACGGCAUCUCUAAUCAGUAGCAAAAUACCACCAAGUAAUUUAGAGCAUCUUUUGGAAAAAUUGGAAAGGAUCAUGCAUAGUUCUAUUGAAACAGCGAGUGACCUAGUCUCUAUUUCUAAGUAUGGGGCCAGACCGAAAGAGUAUGUUAUAAUGUGCCACGAUUUCUUCUGUUGUACAUGCGAAACUAGCAAAAAAGUUAUCAGUACUUUGGAAAGUUUGCGUACAUUUUGUUUGAAAUGUACUGAAUUUCAUCCCGAAUUUGAUGUUGAUCCGAGGAAACCUGUUCUUGAAGCAGUUAGUCGAACGAAAUCUGUUUUGGAACAACUUGGACCAUGGUGCGCAUGGAAACUUUGCCAGCUAUUUCAACGACAGCUGAAGAAACAGUCAGGACAAGGUUUCUUGCCUGAAAAACAAAUCAUCUUCCUACAAAUGGCGUAUACAACAAUGCGUUUCAUUAAACGUUUGCUGGAUGUUAAAGUGGCUAAUAUACGGUGCUUCAGUGAUAUAAAACCAAUACUGCCAGAUCGUUUAGCAAGACUGUUUGAAAUUUUAAAGUUCUUUAGUCCUUCGAAUAUGGAAAAAGUGGAUCCAGACUUCACAUUUUGUGGUAUCAUCUUCGUGGAACAGCGUUAUGUCGCAUACGUGUUAAAUACUCUUAUAAGAGCAAUAUCACGGUGGGACAGUGAUAAAUUUGGUUAUCUGGUUUCGGACUUUGUUAUUGGAUACAACAGUGCAAAUAUUGGUACAGAAGAAACAAUGGCGUUGCAUAAGAGACAGGAAUUAGUUUUACGCAAAUUUCGUCAACGUCAUUUGAAUCUGUUAAUUGCAACAAGUGUUCUGGAAGAGGGUGUUGAUGUGAGACAGUGUAAUGUGGUUAUUCGUUUUGAUCGGCCUACUGAUUACCGUGCUUAUGUACAGUCAAAAGGAAGGGCACGAAAAGAUGGUGCAAGUUAUUUUCUACUAGUCGAAGAAAGAGAUCGUGAACAGUGCUCCUGUGAUUUAAAAGAUUUCUUGCAAAUCGAAAGAAUGUUACUGAAGCGGUAUCAGAAUGUGCAUAAUCCCCCAGAACCAAUGAUUUCGCCGAAUUUGGAAACAGUAGACGAUAUCAUUGCACCAUAUACUGUUGAAAGCACUGGGGCGCAAGUUACUCUAACUACUGCUAUAAGUCUUGUAAACAGGUACUGUGCUAAACUUCCCAGCGAUAUAUUCACUCGUUUGGUCCCACAAAAUACGAUUGUGCCAGAAACCAUAGGCGAUCGGGUGAUGUAUCGAGCGGAGUUGUUGUUACCUAUCAAUUCACCAAUUAAGGAAACUAUUAAAUUAAAGAAACCAUUGGAAAGCAAAAAGCUUGCACAAAUGGCUGUUGCUCUGGAAGCAUGUAGAAGAUUGCAUAAACGAAAAGAGCUAAAUGAUUACCUACUUCCUGUUGGUAAAGAUACCAUUAUGCUAACAGCUCUUGAUGAAGAUCCUGAUGAAUUCAUUCCAAAUAUGAGUUAUAAAGUUGGAUCAGCUCGAAGAAGACAAUUAUAUGACAAGAGAAUGGCAAAAGCACUACAUAAUGCAAUUCCACAUGCAGGUGAAGAAUGCUACAUUUAUGUUAUGGAAAUGGAUCUCAUCAAAGCAGUAACUGGUGCUGCUAAUCCAAAAAAUCGUCGGAUUAUAAACCCAUUGGAUACCGAAUUCUGUUUUGGAUUCCUUUCAAAUAAAAAAAUACCGAAAGUGCCGUCAUUUCCAUUAUUUUUGCGUCAAGGUCGUAUGCAAGCCAAUAUUUUCCUCGUUAAAUCGCGUCUUCUUGUUGAUACUCAGAUGUUGGAGCUUCUGAAAGCAUUCCAUCAUUAUUUGUUUGAUAAUGUUCUUCGGCUAGUGAAAGGGGGCUUAGUUUUUGUCCCUGAUAAGGCACCAGUCAAUGUUUUGAUAGUUCCACUUCGACGUGAGCGAAAUAGUGAGACCAGUGAAGUGGAUUUCAAACUAGAUUACGCAUACGUGCGAAAUGUUGUUUCGUCGAUUGAUGAAUUGCCGCGAAUUCCAACAGAAGCGGAAAGACUGGCUUUCAAGUUCGAUGCUGCUAAGUUUCAGGAUGCCAUUGUUAUGCCGUGGUAUCGAGACCGAGACCAUCCAUCGUUUUACUAUGUUGCUGAGAUAAUCGAUGCUAAACCAUCGUCCAAAUUUCCGGAUGACAAGUUUGUAACAUUUAACGAUUAUUUCAUUCAGAAAUAUAACAUCAUUAUUUAUGAUCAACAGCAGCCACUUCUGGAUGUUGAUUAUACUUCGAGUCGUUUAAAUCUUUUGAUGCCUCGACAUUGGUCACGUUCAAAAAGUCGGGUUACCGAAGAAAAAGGCUCAGAAAGUGGCGGAAUAUCACAAGGACAAAUUCUGGUACCUGAACUUGUUGAUGUGCAUCCAAUUGCUGCUUCUUUGUGGAAUGUUAUUGCAGCUCUUCCAACGCUACUUUAUCGAAUCAAUAGCUUGCUAUUGGCAGAUGAGCUACGUGAGUUAGUAAUGCGUGAAGCGUUUUCUAACCCUAACUAUAACACUUCUGACGAUGUAUAUUGGUUACCACUGGAUUAUCCAACUCCUAUGGAUGACCUGGAGAUGAAAUCAGUGCAAAAAAUUUGUGAUUUAAAAAAAAAGCAUGUGGAACAGAAAAGUCAGGAAAACAAGGAGAUGGAGGCAAAGGAUUCUGGCGCUGAGAUGACUGAUUUUGAGAUUGGCGUUUGGGAUCCGGAGCUUGCGAAGGGAUUAGAUGAUUUCUAUCUAAAUAGAGAAAGACAUGAUGAAAUUAAAGGAUUUGAAGAUAUCGAUCGGGACGCAUUGGGUCUUAUGAAUGGUUCUGCUCUACGACAGCACGGUGACAUGUCAGAUGAUGAUGAAGACGAUGCCGUUGUGUUGUUCGAUUUCAUAAAUAGUGUCCAUGAACGUCUCGGAAAAGAAAGUGGCGACAUAUUUGCGCCACGAGAAAAUAUUACAUCAUCUGGCUGGGAUGACUUGAUUGUAAUAGAGGAAUCAGCGCCUAAUGGAAUUAAUAUGCCUUUGUCUGUGAACAGUGGGGAUUCCCAUAUCGAUAGUCGAGGUUUAAUGGCCGAUUUAUCGCGAAUGAGUUGGCUUCUGGACUUGCCUACAAUAUUACCUUCAACUGCAGUAGAUACAGCAAACCAAAACGAUUUUGGUAUAAAAAAGGAAACUGUCAAACUUAGCAACAAACGACAUCCUUCAGUCGCUAGAAAGCCUGCGCAGUUAUAUCUCGACUCAUUAGAAAGGUUGGAAGAUUCGGAUCGAGGGUCAUCAAAGUCAAAUCGUCAAGAGGAAUGUAUUGAUUUAAUCGAUUUUUGUGAUGAAGUGGAAGAAAUCUUAUCUAAUGGGUACGAUGGCACAGCGCCAUUUGAUUUGCGUUAUUUCAAUGGAUGUUUACUGGAUACCGAUGUGGAAUUAGAUACUGCUGAAGUAUUGUCACCGAAGAAAAUAUCAAUGCGUCAGGACAGAAAACUGAUAGAUGAAGAGAUGGUAAGGUCAUCAAGCGAUUUAGAAUUAUUUUUGCAAAUAUCACACGAUAAUGAUGUUACAAAGUUGGUUUCUUCAACGGCAGAUGCGAAUGUAGUUGAUAGAAAGCAAGAAAUAAGUGCUCCAGUCCUCGACUGGAUGACAUUUUCAUUUGAGGAAGAUACCUUCACUGAUCAUCCAGACGGUGUCUCUCCAUGUACUCUAUUACAGGCACUUACACUGUCCAAUGCAUCCGACGGUAUCAACCUGGAGCGUCUUGAGACUGUUGGUGAUUCAUUCUUAAAAUAUGCUGUAACUGAUUAUUUGUUUCACACUAAUCCUGAGCAACACGAGGGUAAACUUAGCUUUGCGAGGAGUAAAGAGGUAUCAAAUUGCAAUUUAUACCGUUUGGGAAGGAAACAUAAUCUUCCUUCUUUGAUUAUUGGCUCAAAGUUUGAUCCAAAUGAUGGAUGGUUACCUCCUUGUUAUGCGCCAACAUCAGACUUCAAAGCACCGAAUACACUGGAUGCAGAAGAACGUGACAAGUUCAUUGAGAAUGUCCUUGAAGGGAAAGCAAUCGAAGGACAGGAAACGGUAAAAACUCCUACAGGUUGGGAUGAAGCUGAUAGGAACGGUCAAGUUCGACGAAUUGCUAAUGGUAUCGAGACUAUUGAAUUUCCAAAGAAUAUGACAACAAGUUGGGAUGGUGAAGAGAUUACGCCGUUGCCGUAUAAUCUGUUAACACAGCAAAGUCUGGGUGACAAAUCAAUUGCUGAUGCAGUGGAAUCUUUGAUUGGUGCUCACCUUCUGGAAUUAGGUCCCACAGCAACUUUAAAAUUCAUGAAAUGGCUAGGACUAAAGGUGCUUACGGAGCCUGUACAAAUAGAACCACCGCUAUUGCGGUUCAUUGACACAACCGAUGAGCCAGACAAAUCGCUGAGAAAGUUAAAUGAUCUGUGGAUACAGUUUCAAUUUUCGAAAUUAGAAGAUUGUAUUGGCUAUCGUUUCCAUGAUCGGGCUUAUCUAUUGCAAGCAUUUACGCACGCUUCUUAUUAUAAAAACAGAAUAACGGGCUGCUAUCAGCGUUUAGAAUUUCUCGGUGAUGCUGUCCUGGACUAUGUUAUCACGCGGUUCCUCUUUCAACAUUCAGCACAUUAUAGUCCAGGUGUUCUUACCGACCUCCGUUCCGCACUUGUCAACAAUACUAUUUUUGCAUCAUUAGCUGUUAAGUAUAACUUUCAUAAGCAUUUUAUCGCAAUGUGUCCCAGACUACACCAUAUGAUCGAGAAAUUUGUUUGUCUAUGUGCAGAAAAAAAUCUUUCCAGCGCUAAUUUCAAUGAGGAGAUGUAUAUGGUGACGACUGAAGAAGAAAUUGAUGAAGGUGAAGAAGAAGAUAUCGAAGUUCCAAAAGCAAUGGGUGAUAUUUUCGAGUCGGUAGCUGGAGCCAUCUAUUUGGAUAGCGGACGAAGUUUGAACACUGUGUGGAGGAUCUUUUAUAACCUUAUGAAAGAAACCAUAGACGAAUGCUGCAGUAAUCCACCACGUUCACCGAUUCGUGAACUGCUUGAAAUGGAACCUGAACGGGCUCGAUUUUCAAAACUGGAGAGAAUAUUGGAAACGGGGAAAGUGCGUGUAACAGUUGAUAUCCAAGGCAAGUGUCGUUUCACUGGAAUGGGUAGGAGUUAUCGAAUAGCUAAGUGUACGGCUGCCAAACGGGCUCUGCGGUAUUUGCGGAGUUUAAAGAAAGAAAAAGAACGAGUGGCUGGGAAGGAAUAG